CCAGGUGUGUAACAAUUUAUCUGAACUUUCUCGAAACAACUCCAUCCAACCCACACACCAACAACACCCACAAACAAAACCGAUCAAAAGAUUCCCCGUUCCUCCGCCCUUCACAAACCCAAUCACCACAGCAGAUCGCACUUCACAACCACCACACCCCACCCCAACCAUGCCGAAGAAGAUGGGCGUAAACAGCAAAGCCGAAGCCGCACGCGAACGCAAAAACGCCUCAGAAUCAGAACGCAAGGAAAAAGAGGCGCGUGAGAAAGAAGACAAGUACUGGCGCGAAGCAGAGGGAGCCAAGUCACGCGCCGCCAAGAAACGAGAAGAAGAAUCUGAAAAGAAAGCCGAAGCCGCCGCUCGGAAGGCGGAGGCACGGCGGCUGGCGGAAAUUGAGGAAAAAGAGAUCGAAAAAUCGCUGAAGAAGGUGGAUAAGAAGGCGAAUAGGGUUUCAAUACCGGUUCCGAAGGUUACGGAGGCGGAGUUGGUUAGGAGGAAGGAGGAAGAGCAGGCGCAGAUGUUGAAGAAGGCGGAGGAGGAGAAGAGGAGGAUGAGUAGGAUUGCUAAAGAGGAGGAGUAUGAGAAGAUGGUGCUGGUGCAGAACACGAAUCGGGAUGAUUCGAUUAUUGAGGCGAGAUCGGUUGAGGAGGCGAUUGCGCAGAUGUCGGUUUCCGAUAGCUUGCCGGUUGAUAAGCAUCCUGAGAAGAGGCUCAAGGCUUCUUUUAAGGCUUUUGAAGAAGCAGAGAUGCCUAAUUUGAAAGCCGAGAAGCCUGGGCUUACUCAUACUCAGUAUAAGGAUAUGAUUUGGAAGAUGUGGAAGAAGUCUCCGGAUAAUCCACUUAACCAGGUGGCGGAGAAAUAGGCUGUAUGGUACUUUAACCAAGAUGCAAUAUGUUUGCUAGCUCCAGGAGAGAUUCAUAGAGUGAUAUGGUGGUUUCAUGUAUAGCUUACAUCGUAUAUGAGGUAACACCUCCAUUGUAGGUUUUGGACUCCUUUUUAUCCUCUAAACCUGGUUAUGCUAUUGUAUGGUUUGCACUUUGAUGUCAUAACUCUUCUUUCAAAUAAAAAAAUAAUUCUCUCAAGGCAACUUGUUUUCA